AACGCGGCCCAGUAACACCCCUACUUCAACUCUCGUAGCGCAGUCGCGUUGUCUGUGUGGAACCCUCGACUUCUCUUGAAACCCUAGGAUACUUCCACUUCCAGUAAGAGAAAAUGACUGCCGAAGCCGUGAAUCCGAAAGCAUACCCUCUCGCCGAUGCUCAGCUGACUAUUACAAUUCUCGAUCUCAUCCAGCAAGCAGCCAACUACAAACAGCUCAAAAAGGGUGCCAAUGAAGCUACGAAGACUCUUAACAGAGGUAUCUCGGAGUUCAUUGUAAUGGCUGCCGACACUGAACCCCUCGAAAUUCUGCUGCAUCUUCCUUUGCUUGCGGAGGAUAAAAAUGUGCCCUAUGUAUUUGUACCUUCAAAACAAGCACUUGGACGAGCAUGUGGAGUCACAAGGCCAGUGAUUGCUUGUUCUGUGACGAGCAACGAAGGAAGCCAGUUGAAAUCUCAAAUACAGCAACUUAAGGUAUCCAUGUCCUCUCUCUCUCUCUCUCUCUCUCUCACUCACUCACUCACUCUCACACACACGCACACUACAUUCAUUCUAAUCUUUCUUUUUGAUCACCAUGCCUGUAUGCUGAGUUUUUUCUUGCCUAAUCCAGGAUGCCAUUGAGAAACUCUUGAUAUAGAAAUAUUCACACCUCUUCAGCAUAGUUAGCCUUGAGGAUUUUGGUCAUCAAUUAUCUACCAUGUAAACUCCAGUUAUUUUUCUCUUAUCAGGAAUGUGAGUUUUCUAGUUUCUUCUUGUCGGCAAAAUCCCCUCUGUAUCUCUCAGAUGAUAUAACAUUGUGUUAUUGGUAUUCUAAUCAAGACGCUUGAUAAUUGAAUGAGUGAAAAUAUAUCUUGCAAAA